UGAGAAAGUGAAACUCUCUCAGUCUUUGUGUCUGAGAGGAGAAAUGGCGCAGAAAGGAAUUGAUCUGGAUCAAGAAACCUUCUGCUGUUCCAUCUGUCUGGAUCUGCUGAAGGAUCCGGUGACUAUUCCCUGUGGACACAGCUACUGCAUGAAGUGUAUUCAAGGAUUCUGGGAUGAAGAGGAGAAAACCCCCAGCUGUCCUCAGUGCAGGAAGACCUUCAUACCGAGGCCUGUUCUGAAGAAAAGUUUCAUGUUUGCUGCUUUAGUGGAUCAGCUGAAGAAGACUGGACUCCAAGCUGCUCCUGCUGAUCUCUGCUAUGCUGGACCUGAAGAUGUGGUCUGUGAUGUCUGCACUGGAAGAAAACUGAAAGCCAUCAAGUCCUGUUUGAUCUGUCUGGCCUCUUACUGUGAGAAACACCUUCAGUCUCAUUUGGAUGCAGCUGCAUUCAAGAAACACAAGCUGGUGGAACCCUCCAAGAACCUGCAGGAGAACAUCUGCUCCCGUCAUGAUGAGGUGAUGAAGAUGUUCUGUCGCACUGAUCAGAAGUGUAUCUGUUAUCUCUGCUCUGUGGAUGAACAUAGAGGCCACGACACAGUCUCAGCUGCAGCAGAAAGGACUGAGAGGCAGAGAGAGCUGGAGGAGAGUCAACAACAAAUCCAGCAGAGAAUCCAGGACAGAGAGAAGGAGGUGAAGCUGCUUCAACAGGAGGUGGAGGCCAUCAAUCACUCUGCUGAUCAAACAGUGAAGGACAGUGAGAAGAUCUUCACUGAGAUGAUCCGUCUCAUCCAGAAAAGAAGCUGUGAUGUGAAGCAGCAGAUCAGAUCCCAGCAGCAAACUGAAGUGAGACGAGUCAAAGAUCUUCAGGAGGAGCUGGAGCAGGAGAUCACUGAGCUGAAGAGGAGAGACGCUGAGCUGAAGCAGCUCUCACUCACAGAGGAUCACAGCCAGUUUCUGCUCAACUACCCCUCACUGCCACCACUCAGUGAGUCCACACACUCAUCCAGCAUCAAUGUCCGUCCUCUGAGAUACUUUGAGGAUGUGACAGCAGCUGUGUCAGAGCUCAGAGACAAACUGCAGGACAUUCUGAGAGAGGAAUGGACAAACAUCUCACUGACAGUCACUCAUGUGGAUGUUUUACUGCCAGAACCAGAACCAAAGAGCAGAGCUGACUUCUUGAAAUAUUCAUGUCAAAUCAGACUGGAUCCAAACACAGCAAAUGGACAUAUGUUACUCUCAGAUGAGAACAGAAAGCAGCAUAAAAACCUCCAUCUCAGCUCCUGUUUCCUCCAGAGUAGGAGUGUACCUGGAUCACAGAGCAGGUGUUCUGUCCUUCUACAGCGUCUCUGAAAGCAUGACUCUCCUCCACAGAGUCCAGACCACAUUCACUCAGCCGCUCCAUGCUGGAAUGAGGUUGUAUGGUGAUUUUGGAGACACAGCAGAGUUCUGUAAACUCAAAUAGUUCCUGAA